AUGACCUCGCUAGACCCAAAGGUUGCUUCGCUCGUCGAUCGGGCCGCGCGCGAGGACGAGUCGGACGAGGAUGCACUUAUCGCGUCUCUGGAAGACGACGAAGAGCUGGAUGCUUUCCGCGAGCAACGACUCCAACAAUUGCACCAAGAGUAUGACAGGGCGCGGCGGCUGAAAGAGAGCGACCACGGGACGUAUACAGAGAUCAAGGACGAGAAGGCAUUGAUGGACCUUACAACAAGCACCAAAUUGUGUGUGGUGCACUUUUUCAAGCCCGACUUCAACCGCUGUCGAAUCAUGGACACGCAUCUCGAGUCACUGGCUCCGUCCCACUAUGAGGCCCGUUUCCUGAGGAUCAACGUGGAAAACUGCCCAUUUCUUGUCACACGUCUGGGGAUCCAAGUCCUCCCAUGUGUGAUUGCUUUUAUUGACGGCGUGGGGGCUGAUCGCAUCAUUGGGUUCGAGGGGCUCGGCCACACUGAGCAGACCUUUACUACCCGGGACCUGGAGGCUAGGCUGAUCCGGGCAAACGUGCUUGCACGAAACAAAGUCAAUGAAGAAGACGAGAGGCGGAGGCUACAGCGCGGUAAAGAGAAGGAACAGGAAGACGAGGACGAUGACUGGGAUUGAAGAGCAACAGGCUCAAGUCUUACGGCCGUGCGCAGCUGAGCUGAAAUGAUGAGAGAGACAUUUCCUCAUAUCAACAGGGAGGCUGCAGUUUACACCGUCGCUCGCCAGAUGAGACAACAGCAAGCCUCAAGAACAGCCUGCCAUUAGGCGCACAACAAGCAAAACAACUUUCAUGGUUGCCAUUGAGGAAACAGGCUGAUUCCUCCCGGUCCAGCAGCAACAGCCCAACAUCUCAAUCAUAUCCAAACAGUGCAGCAAACAAUGACAAACAACACGGCGAUUAUGUUGAGUGCAAUGGGCCAGGCAUGUGAUGGAUUUGCCUUUCUGCAACACAAACAAUCAUCUGCACGCCAAGCAACAUGAGACGAGGGAGUGGGCAACAGACGUGCACGAGACACUUGAAUCGACUUGGAUUCAUG